AUGUACCGCGUCGAAGUCCUCCCGAACGCCUCCAAGUCUAACGCCACGCCGGGCUGGACCUACGUCCCCGAUAAAGGCUUCGACCCAGCAAAAGCCGCAAUCGCACCGACCACCGGCCGGAAACGCGGAAUUCGGGACCCAGCGCGAACAGACGUGUCUUCGCGCCAGGCAAAUGCGAUUGUACGCCACUUGGCGGAGCUUGAUCGGGAGAAUCAUAGGGACGUUGCGAUUGCGAUUCCAGCGCGGAAGGAUUCGCAGCCGAGGGAGAGUGCGACAAGAGGAACAAGAACGAAAGUAACGUCGAACGUCCGUCGCAUCCUGCAGUCGCAGAAGACGUUUCGAAAUUAUCUUGAUGAUGAGGAGGCUGCGUUGGCUCAGGCUUCGUCCUCGGCGGGGACGUCGUCUAUAGCUGCGCAGCGUCUGCCUAGUAAUAGAAUCACGAAACCGUCUUCUUCGUUGUCACGCCGGAGCGCAACACCAGCUACCCCAACGCCAAAACCAGAUCCGCGUGCAGAGAAAGACACCUCCUCGGCCCAAAACCUAUCCGAUACGGCCAACAUACAGACCGCCGACUCCCAACCUCAAUCUAACCUACAAGAAGAACAAAAACCUGAUCCAAACGCCCUCAUCAAAUCCCAGUACGAUAACGAUCCCCUACUGAAAUCAUAUAUUCCAUCCGCCCCCUCGGAACGCAUCAUGCGCGCUCUCCUCGCGGAACCUCCACUCUCGUAUAAUGCAUCACGCGCGGGUCCGCCCUUAACGGGAAAGGCGCCCCGAAAGUUCUGCUGUAUAUGCGGGUAUUGGGGGAAGAUUCGGUGUCGAAAUUGUCACCAGCGAACUUGUGGGAUCGAGUGUUAUAAGACGCACGAGGAUUCAAGGUGCGGAGCUUUCUUCUAA